UCAAAGCUCUGAUGGGGAGUACGGCUUCUGCUCUCUGUCUCUUCUUCGUCCCUCUUCCUGCAUCACCUUUUCUGCUUUGCUUGCAGAUUCUUCUUCAGAGAAGGGCAUGGGAGGAUCAGCUGACAGAGAUGCUCUACUGGCGCAGGUGGAGAAUGACAAGAGGGUUUCUUUGAUCAGAGCAUGGAGCGCAGGUGAAAAGACCAAAGCUGACAACAAGGCUCAGAGGAAGAUGUCAUCCAUUCUUUCAUGGGAGAACACGAAGAUGGCAACCAUCGAGGCUGAGAUAAAAAAGAAUGAGGAGAGGCUGGAGAAGAAGAAGGCGGAUUCCGAAGAGAAGGCGAAGAACAAGAUCGCCAUGAUACACAAGGAAGCAGAGGGGAGGAGGGCGAUGGUGGAGUCGAAGCACGGGGAGGAGCUCCUCAGAGCGGAGGAGGCUGUUGCCAAGUAUCAUUCCACCGGACACACCCCGAAGAAGGGAGCGGGCUGCUUUAGCUCCUUUAGCCCCUAAAGAGAGAGAGAGAGAGUCAAAAUGUAAUCCGUUGCCCAAUGUGGCGAGAUCUGCCGGUGUUGCUGUCGUGGCAAGCAAUAGAUUCGGGUUUUGACAUGUUAAGCCUA